AUGAUAUCGUUGCUUCAGCGGCUGGCGGAGACCAUUUGUUUGUGGCUGACCGUGAGAACGAAAGAUGCAAGAGUCGUCUAUAAGGGAGAUUUUAUAAUGCAAUGGGGCCCUGCUCGUGUAUUUGUCGGUCGGGCUAGUACUGGCCUCAUUCAAUACGGUUUUGGACCCACCAGCCGUCCUUUCGACCAAGCUCACGAGCUUCGUGUAUCGCCUGAUGGAGACCGUAUCGCAGUUGGAGACAUUUCCAAGCCUACGUUGUUUAUGUUUAUCACCUACGAUUUUUUAUACAUAAGAUUUCAACUGAGAAGUUAAAUAGCGAAAACCACAAUACGAGAAUGACAUCAACUUUCUAUGAACAACGACAUAUCAAGAAACAAUAGCAAAUGUAUCACCGCACAUGUUCUCUAGCAUGACAUUGAUCACGGGUCUGCUUAUGUUUAGG